GCAGUAUGAGAAACUCCAAAUAUAAGCUUACAGUAGUUGUUCCAGUCUAGUUGCAGUUUCCUCCUAAGCAACAAAUAGUAUAAUCCCAAUGAAAAGGAUCAUUAAUGAAUGUGACAACUGACAAGCAACUUGUUCAGUGAAAAGCAGCACAAAUCAUGCAACUUUCCUUGUCCAUCCAAAACAGCGUUUACUUUUUGUUAGUUAUAAAAAUGCAUUGAUGACGAUAUGCAACUUUGUUAAUUCUUCUACAUCCAUAUCCACAAAAAUAUUCUUUUCUUUUUAUAUAUGUGAUGUUGCUAUUUCAACUGCUACUAUUACAUUACUGUACUACUGGAGUAGUGGAUUUUUCAUACUUGUUGAUUAUAGUGUAGUGAGCUAAGGAAGGAAUUGAAGAAGAGAGUUUAAGUCAUGGAGGUUGAUUCUAGUGGGAAUCCUAAUUGGUUAUUUGAUUAUGAGUUGAUGACAGAUAUUACUUCUGCUGCAUCUGUUACUGUUGCUGAUUUUCAGUCUCCGGCUACAAUUGAUUUCAGCUGGCCUACUCAGACUAUCUAUGCUUCCUCUAAUCUGAUUGCAGAAACAGAUUACACAUUUGCGGAUUCAGAAGUCAGUAAGGAGGCAAGCUCACGAAAGCGGUUAAAAAGUGAAUGUUGCAGCUCUCCGAGAUCUAAGGCAUGCCGAGAGAAAUUGAGGAGGGAUAGACUGAAUGAGAGGUUCCUUGAAUUGAGCUCUGUCCUUGAUCCUGGAAGGCCACCAAAAACUGAGAAAGUUGCAAUUCUGAGUGAUGCUCAAAGGAUGCUGAUUGAGCUGCGAACUGAAACCCAGAAGCUGAAGGAGUCAAAUGAGGAGUUGCAAGAGAAGAUAAAAGAACUUAAGGCAGAGAAGAAUGAGCUCCGUGAUGAAAAGCAAAGGCUAAAGGAAGAAAAGGAGAAUUUGGAGUAUCAGGUUAAAAGCUUAGCCUCAAAAUCAGGUUUUCUCUCCCACCCUUCUGCCAUGGGAGCUGCAUUUACUGCACAAGGACAAGUCGCGGCAGGCAACAAAUUGAUGCCUUUCAUUGGUUAUCCCAGUGUUGCAAUGUGGCAAUUCAUGCAACCUGCUGUUGUUGACACAUCUCAAGAUCAUGUGCUUCGUCCUCCAGUUGCUUAAGCUGGAUUUGCCAGGUACUUUGUUUGCUCUAUUAUGCUCCAAUGUUCGAUUUAUGUUGUUCCGAUAAUUCACAUCAAGGGCUUCUAAACUUGGUAAAGCACGGAUUUUCGGACUUUUUGCACUGUUAGUCCGUCACAAGCAAUAUAUUGAGGAAAUUUGACAGUUGACUCUUUAAACCUUUGUUAGACAUCACAUAGGUUGUGUAGAACUCCUUAUUUAUUGCCUCUACUGAUUCUACUGAAGGAAGAAAUUAUAUAAAGUUUAAACAUAUAUAUGACAAUGCUUUGGGUAAAAA